AUGAGCGCGUCCCCAACAGCCCGGCGAUCGCCGCCCGAGCACCCCGAAAGUGCCGCGGACAUCGACAUGACAGAUGCCGACGCCGACGGUGACACCGAGUCCGACAAAUCCUCUCCGCCCUCGAACCCAUUUACCGCAACUUCAGAAGAGCAGCAGGUCAUAGCACUGAUAGUGUCCUACCAGAACCUCACCCGGCGACUCAAGAAGGCGCUCACGAGAAUGGAUGCUAUCAUCCGCAUGACAACCGCGCUUCACAAUCGCACACGCGCCACCUUCGCGCCACAAUCCUCGGAUGUCCGUGUGCCCCUGUCCGUUCAAGAGCUCAUCUGGCUAUACCGCAUUCCCUCCGCAGACGAACUGGACGAGCUUCAGCGCAGCCUACAUAAGCGUAUUAUUUUCGAUGUCUCCCUCGCUACUGAGUACAUGAUACACACGAUCGGCGGCACCAUCGCGUUUGCGCGUAGAUUACUUGCCCCUUGCCACCAGCCAGACACAUAUAUCAUGAACAACGAGCGCCACGAGCGGGAGCGGGAGCGACGUCGCGGCCUUCGGCUGUCACUCACCACGGAAACCGCUGUCACACCCGCUCAGUCUCUGCUGCAGAACGAUGGACGCGAAGUCCCCACAGAGAGCACCCAAGCUACCACCGCCACCGCCACUGCCAUCACCACCAUCUUCUCCACCCCCAGAGACCUCAUCACCGCUCUCCGAAAGGACCACAUGCUCUGCUCUCGGGCAGCCAGUGCGCUCGAAGUAAGCCUUACCUGUGCGUUCCCCCGUAAAUGUGACGGUAACAGCACUGGAAGCGGCAAUGACGGCAAGACCACUACCAAUACCGCCAGCCGCAGUAGCAACCGCCGCUAUAAUAACAAUUCCGUCGCGUUCCUGAUGCAGCUGCAAUGGUUCGAAUUCAUCGCCCGCCGUGGUCCUCGCCUCGAUGGCGAUGCGCACCGCCGAGAAGUCUACGUUGCGUUCGAAGAUCUGACGGAUGCGCAAGAAGAAAGCAACAUGGUCUCGGCGCUGCAGGCGGAAAGAGCUUUGCGCACAGCGUGCUGGGAAUGGCAGGGAUGGCUGGCAGGUCAGGAGGUGAGCGGCGUGGUGGAGUUGAUGAGGUCGUUCAAGAAUUCGGUGCUGAGCGAGAUUUGGAUCCAUAAGGAUCGUAACUCGGCCGCAGGAGGCAGCCGUGAUGCCGAGAAGUAG